GGACCUUUUAACUCUGCAGCUUUCUAUUUUAGAUAAGAUAUUUAUUAGCAGAGAAACUGCCAAAUCCUCUGCAAUGGCGACGAAUUCAUCAGAUUACGGAGCUUACACUGAGAAAUUCACUCUGCAACCUCCUUCAUCUCAUCAACUUCCACUAACUGGGCUCAUAUUUGCUGUCAAAGAUAUAUUUGAUGUGGAUGGGUAUGUGGCUGGUUUUGGGAAUCCGGACUGGGCGAGGACGCAUUCUGCUGCUGUAUCAACUGCUCCGGCUGUUUUGGAUAUGCUCAAGGCAGGUGCCACGUGUGUUGGAAAAACUGUAAUGGAUGAAAUGGCUUACAGCAUAAAUGGAGAAAAUAUACAUUACGGGACGCCAACUAAUCCCUGUGCGGCAGAUAGGAUACCUGGAGGAUCUUCUAGUGGAUCUGCUGUUGCAGUUGGUGCAAAGCUUGUAGAUUUCUCCUUAGGUACUGACACUGGAGGAAGUGUUAGAGUUCCUGCAUCACAUUGCGGGAUUUUUGGUUUUCGACCAUCUCAUGGAAUUGUUUCAACCUCUGGAGUCAUUCCUAUGGCACAAAGUUUUGACACCGUAGGAUGGUUUGCAAGAGAUCCUGUGAUUUUGAAGCGUGUUGGAAAGGUUCUAUUGAAAUUGCGAGACGAUAAUCCUGUGAGAUUCAAUCGUCUUAUUAUUGCAGAAGAUUGUUUUAAACUGUCAAGCAUCCCAUCUGAACGACUUACAGAAGCUCUUAUUAGCUCAAUAGAGAAGCUACAUGGAAGUCAGAAAAUAGAAUAUGCAAGUCUUGGGAAAUACGUUGAGGACAAUGUUCCAAGUUUGAAGUAUUUUAGUAAUAAUGGAACCAAAAACCAAGAGGAUAGUAUACCAUCAUUGGUAGCUCUUUCAAGCGCCAGACACUUGCUUCAGAGGUAUGAAUUCAAGAACAAUCACAGUGAAUGGGUCCUCUCAGUCAAGCCUGAUUUAGGUCCCAAAAUAGCAGAGCGAGUGUGGAAAGCUCUCCAGACAACUGAUGAAAAAAUAGAUAUAUGCUAUUCAUUGAAGACUGAACUGCGCGCAGCUCUCAACGCUUUAUUGGGAGAUUCUAGCAUCUUAGCCAUGCCUACAGUUUCUGACCCUCCAGCAAAGCUACAAAUAGAGCCAACCACCCGGGAAACUCUUAACGCCAGGGCUUUAAGUUUGUUAUCUGUUGCAGGAGUAUCUGGGUUUUGCCAGGUAAGCAUACCACUAGGCACACAUGAUGGUCUCCCUAUAGCAGUUUCGUUGCUAGCGAAUCAUGGCUCAGAUGGAUUCUUGCUUAAUUUUGUGGAGAGCAUUGACACCACUCUCAAAAGGCAGUAAAAUGUUAUCUGAGAAUCUUGCUGAAUUUGUUUACAUAAUUGUAAUUUUCACUUUAUAUGCUUCUUAUAUCAUCUAGCUAAAGGUUCACGAUAAUUAAGAAUCAAGAGAAUAAAAAUGAACUUGCUUCUAGUAAGCAAGUAUGCCAGUGAAGAGCUCACUAUGUUCAUCA